CAACGACCAUAUCCAAACACUACAAAGAACACAGCAUUUAAAUAUAUUCAAAUAGUGAGUUUACAGCGGCUCGUAAAACUUCUACUCACGUUGUCGAUGUCGGAAGCCAUUUUGGAUUUACCCCAAAUACGGAAGCCGCAGUAGGACAAAAUAGAUUCACUUGAGCGGUAUCAAAAAAUUACAUUCAAAUUAACCACUCAGUAUAUGCAAUUAUUACAAAUACAACCAAACACUCUGUUUACUUGAACAGGUAAUUUUAUGUAAUCGUUCACAAACAUUGCUGUUAAUGAACCAAUAUAAUACCUCUUAGCAUUAAUUAUUGCAUCAUAGUAAUACACGUAUUUAUCUGCGUUUGCGUGUGCAUGGUUAUGUGCGCGUGUGAGGGAGGAGAGAAAGAGAGCAAGAGAGCGAUAACAAGAGAAAGGGGAGACUUCCAGGUUUCCUCAAACCAUUUACCAUCAAACUGUCACCCUGGAUGACAACCUGGAGAAUAGUCUGAGAGUUUGUGGACUAAGUAGUCAUGAUGUCUGAAUCCAGGGUGUCCUCUGUCAUCCACGAGUGGAUGAGCCCAUACCCGGGACAGACCCACAUGACGCUGAACACGACCACUUCAAGCCCCGCAGGGUCCACCAAUAUGGCUCCAAUGGACAUGCUAUCAUUCAGCCAGUCUCAGGGCCUGAGGGGGGGCAGUGAGGACAGACUAGACGAACAGAUGAUGGGACUGUCGUACCUCCCCUACACAUCUUCUUGUCUCGGGAACACCACAAGCUCGGGGAACCCCCACCACCAGAGCCACGGCAACAAUCAACAGGAGUUCUCUGCUCCUUUCCUCCUGCCAACAUUGCGGCCGCCGGUGGCAAAGCGAUGCAUCAGCAAGGACAGUGCGGAGUACCGCCUGCGACGCGAGAGGAACAACAUCGCCGUCCGCAAGAGCCGGGAUAAGGCCCGCCGGAGGAUCCUCAUGACCCAGCAGAGGGCCAUGCAGCUGCAGGAGGAGAACCAGAAGCUCCAGAUGAAGAUCGGGCAGCUCACACAGGAGCUGGACACUCUCAGACACAUCCUGUCCCAGCGGCACAUGACAGGAACUGAGGAGGGGACGGCAGGGGUGUCCACUAUCUAAGCCAGGGGGGUCCCUUUUUUUAUUGGCCUGUGGUACAUUUUUUCUUUACAAAAUGAACAAAAUAUAUAUAAAAACAUCAAAGUCCUUGGAUUUUUCAGUAUGUUAAAGUUGUGGAUAGUUAGUGUAGGCAUCAUUUCUUUGUCUUCUGGUAUCAUUCUCAGGAAUAAUUCAACUCAUGACAAAAACAUACAUUAUAUACGCUAUGUGUUUGGUUACUAUAGCUUACUAUUGCAAUGUAAAUAAACACUGAAGCUGCAGUUGACAACUUUAUUGUCAUCAAAAAAGGACUUUUUUGCCUGAAUUAUUGUUUUUUUUUAUUGUGGUUUAAGUGGUAGAAGUACAUUGCACUGUAAUAUUUAAUACUGUAUUGCUAAUAAUUACAUUUUUUACAUUUUUCUAAUAUUACAUAUAUUUUCUGCGAUUGGCAGGGUCUACCCCGCCUCUCAACCAAAGUCAGCUGGGAUAGGCUCCAGCAACCCCCCCGCAACCUGAGUGAGAAUAGAAAAUAAAUGAAUUUUCUCGAUAUUUUCUAAUAUUUGAACACAUUCAACUUAGAGCGCCACUAAUUUCAUUGUUUUUUUAUACCACGGCAAUCAAUUUGACAAAGCGCAAGAACGUUAAUCCAAACCCAAUUUACACCAAACCAACCCCUAACAUUUUGGUGAGGAUCUGGACAAAGGGGCUACCACAUGAAGGUUUUAUUACAGAUUGAGUCACAUAAGCAUGAAAGGACUGUGAUCUGCCUGUGAUCAUUAAAGCGCUGCAAAAACAACAAAUAGAAUCGUGGCUUUUUAGACGUUUGCACUGUAAUGUAUUGAUGGAAUCAGUAAGUAAGUGCAAAACUUUUUGAAGAAAUGCUGUCUAGUUUUCUGGAAUGAAUUAAAGAAAUUGCUCAUUAUAAUGAAAAUACUUAUAAAAAAUGUAAGGUCUGUCCUCCCAAAAUGGCUGCCAUAAAGGUGUUUCAUCAACAAUUUGAGCUGGUUUUGCAGAUACUAAAAACUUCUAUGAGGACUUUUUUAGUUUACAAUAUGCAGAAAGCCAAUAAAAAAUGAGGACACAAAGAAAAAACAAAAGAAGAGUUGUAAAUAUUGUUACUUUCCAGAUUUGCUGCAAUGCUAAAUCACCUCCUUGGUGCUUCUGUGAUUGUUCAAAGCUGAUGGUAAGAUAAUUGUUGGCCAACCGGGUUGCCCCAGGAGCUGUGGUUUGUGGGAAGAUUCAAUAAAAUGUAAA